AUGCUCAAGAUUAAAGAUUUUCAAGGGAUGCAAUACUCCCGAGACACUUCUUCUCAAUUUGGCCAAAAGGAUUACAAGUUCUUCAAUCAGCAAUAUGCUACCACCUCUUACCAGACAGAGCAUGACAUGAACCCAGCUCUCAUUGUCCAGCCCAAGGAAGAUGAAGAUGUCAUCAAGGCUGUUCAAUGGGCGAGGGACAACAAGGUCAGCGUCGCUGUCAGGUCGGGUGGUCAUCAGUAUUCUGGUGCCUCUUCCACCGGCGGCAAGAACAUCCAGAUUGAUCUCACCAACACUUACAAGGACAUGAUGGUCCUGGAAGAAGAUGGAGUACCUGAUGACAGAGCUCUGGUGCUGGCUGGUGUUAGUAACAGACUGCAAGACUUUAAUGACUACCUUCGUUCGGUCAAUCUAUUCGUGCCCCACGGACAAUGUGCCUACGUCUGCACCGGUGGUCACGGCCAAACUGGUGGCUAUGGUCAACUCGGCCGCAGUUUUGGUCUUUUUGGCGAUCACAUUAUCAAGAUCCGUCUGAUUGAUCACAACGGCUCCAUCCAGAACGUCACCAAGGAGAGUGAUUCUGAGCUCUUCUACGCCAUCCUCGGUGGCAGCCCGGGAAACUUCGGCAUUAUUACUCAUUACACCGUUGAGGUUUAUCGUGCUUCCAGCUACAUGGGAACCGUCGCUGGUCCUAACGGCUUCAAGGGACCUCACGGCUUGAAGGGCCUGUGGAUGUAUGAGCCCAAGGUACUCAGCCGUCUGCUCGGCUUCAUCGCCAAGAUGUCUGAUGAAGGUACUGCCCCACGAGGCUACGAUCUCUGCUGCAGUGUUCUCAGCACAGACUUCCCUGUUACUAUGCUGUUCCCUUCGCUCCGAGAUGACACAAUUUGGAAGAAGAUUCAGCAGAAGAUCAAGACAGCUUUAGCCAAAGAUGUUCUUGAUUUGCUCAAUGGUAGCUUCCCUGCUAUCAUCGUCCUCUAUGCCCAAUGGUGUCCUACCAACAAGACCGACAAGUACGACUCUACCGUUGACAACUGGUUCAAGCAGUUCAGAGACCUUCAAAACGACUGGAGCAACCACACUCUUCUGAUCAAUGAAUUUGAUGAGGGCAUGGACACCAUGACUGGAAAGUGGAUCUUCCCCAAGCGUCGAGAGUUCGAACUCCCCUAUGUCAAGCGCACCUAUGCUACAAAGUCGCAGACUCUCCAGAAGGACGGUUGGGUUGAUGCUGUAGUCAAGCGUCUGGAUUUGAUCUACAAUCCCCAUCAGAAGCUUGACAACGACAAGAGCGACAAGGAAGGAGAAGUAUACGAUCACUGCAAGCUCUCAGUGCAGAUCCAAUGCUUCGGUGGUAAGAACUCGCGCUUCUUGCUCAACAAGGACAACGGAACGUCCUACAGUUGGCGAGACUCCACUGUCGUCCAAACACUAGACUGUUUCCACGACCCUGGUGCCAAGUAUAGGGAAUAUGCUCUUGGCUGGCAGAAGACCAACGAUACUAUCAUGAUCGGAGCCAAGAGCCCCUUCAGCAAGCAGGAUCGCCGUGUGCUCUGGGGUUCUUGGGGAGACUGGGAUAUGAGUAAGCCUGAGAUUUGGCAAGCAUACUAUGAGGAUGCGGAUAAGUAUAAGAGACUUGGCAAGGCUAGGGCUAAGGCUGACCCGAAUGGAACCUUUACUGCCAACCCGUUUGCCGUCACUGCUGUGCGCGAUGGUACGAAACAGUAA